AUGAAGCUUGAAUCUAUAACUUUUGGUGGAUCGCCACCGACCAAAACCAACAAACCGAAGAAUUGGUUCGGUCGAGUUGCGUUCGCUAAAAUCUUGGUCAUCAUUCUAAGCCUUUCACUGUAUGCGCCGUGCGGAUGUGUGGAGAAUGCUAGUGACAGUGGAAAAUCUCGGAAUAAUCUAACCAAUCUACACGGUGACGGUGAAAACGUAGCCUCCUGUCAGAUCGGAGACGUAGCCGGGAGAAUCUGUGAAGUUCAGACGCAAUAUGGUGAUGGUGUUCAAAUUCAAGGCAUUAUUCGAAACGCAAAUCUGACUACAAGCAUAUCAGAAGGUAAAUCAGUACAUCAAUCGCCUAACACCAAUGAUCCUGCAGCGCCCAAGGAAAGCUGUUCAAGUGGUUGGAUAAAACCGUGCGAAAUAGAACAAGACGGUGAAGAUGCGCAAAGGUUCGCACAUGCCAACGUGCAAAAUGCAGUCAGGUCAGAGGGUCAAGUGAAAUCUUCCGGUGAAAAACACCAUGGAACGGAUGGAUUUCGAACCCUAAAUGAGCAUUCAAGGGCAUUUAAGAUGGGUUGCGAUGAUCACAGAGGGUUGUUGAGUUCAAUAACACUCGCCAAAUUGCCUCGAGCGCUGUACGUAGCAUAUCGUGCUCCAUUUGUGAUUUUAAAACAUCACUUCAGGAUUUGCGCGCAGUUGGAAGAAAGUUUAGUCUGGGGGUUCAAUCAUUAUGUGCAAGAACCUCUCAUAGGUUUAUAUAAGAGCUUCAGAUACACUCUCUACCCGUGCGGUAUUAAUAUCGUACAUACGGCGCUUGCACGCCUGACUGUUCAACUCAAAGCACAAGCGCUGCUAAAAGAUGAAUACAUGACAAUGAAUGCGAACCUGGAGGCUUUCAUGCGAGAUGAACACAAUAUUCACCAACAAGCUUUCAUCAGCAAAGAUGCUAAACCAUUCUCAAUCAAAAACAUUGCUGCGCUGUUGCAUCGAACAACAGGAAUAAAGCAUUGCAUUUACUGGUGGCACGCCAUCUCAAGGAACCCACGGAGGCAUAUUCAAGGAAAUUACACCUUGCCAAAACUGUUAAUGGCUAUUUAUGGCAACCAAAUCAGGCUUCUUAUAAAAGACUGCGAAGUCUAUGUUCUAUGGCUAACUUUUUCUACAGGAUAUUUAUUCCUGGGGAAUGUGAAUUAUUCCGCAGAUAUUCACGACGUAGAAGACGCCGUUAAAAACAUAUUUGGUUCAUUCGCCCCCUCACCAUUUGCUGUAAAGAGAUGCUGGGCAGCUGUUAGUGACGCCAUUACUCACGUUAUAGCGUUCGUUGACCACAAGAUGGAGCGGGGUUAUGGUUACAUGGCGAGUGUAUAUCCGGAUUUCGAGUUGCUGCAUCCCAGAUCCCAAAUGGAACGCGUAGGAGUGACGCUGGCUCUAGCGUUCUUAGUUUACACGGUUGUCUGGUUUAUUUUCGCCGCAGUUAGAGGUAUACUGGGAAUCAUACGCUUCGUUGUGAGUAGCAUCAUAACGUUGGGAUUCGUAUACGUGGCGUAUGAUAGGUUGAAAAUAUGGUACGACAAUUCGUUUUUACGUUGGUCAUUUGAUUUACUUCAAACCCAAAAGAACUACUCGAAAUCUCAAUCGGUCACUAAGACUCGCAUGAAGACGAAAAGUAUAUACGCAGGUAGUUCGCAAACAGAUCACCCUUCUGUAAACAGAAGGAAAGGUGCUGAUGGUUCAAAAAAAUCUGUCACUCUUUGGCACAGCGUAUCACGACGAAAUCGAUUGGCCGAUACUGUCAUUGUAAAUGAGUCCAAUAAGGACCGGUAG